CUUAACUACAACGUACCUAGUAGGCUACGUAGGCAGGCUGUAGCUGCACCUAGGGCUGUGAUUGCCUGCAUCUAUCAUCUACUAUCGCAAUAUUUCGUCGUCGCAUCUCUCUUCCGUGCUUGACACUUUGAAAAAAGAUCCAGCCUUUUACUGCAACCAAUCCGACCAUAACACCUAGGUAAUUCGCAAACAUCAUUGUUUCAUAUUGUGCAUACUUACCUACCUACUCCUCCCCAUUACAUCCUCCCCAAUCAAAUAAUAUAGGAACGAAAAGCAACAAAAAAUCCUUGACCAUUGCUUCGUUUCGUGAACACCCGCUUCUUUUUGCACACCUUACUGAGCUGUAACCACAGAUAGAUUGAUUCCGAACUAACCAGUCUCAAGGUAUCUAAGAUCACCUGAAGGUUACGCCGACCUGGAGUCAUCCUAACCUGGGCUUAUACCUCGCCCUCUAAUCAUUAUCACCACUACGGCUACCCGCUACUCGCUACCCGCUACCCAAGAGCACCAAUCAUCACCAUCCGAAAUCGACCUAUAAACGCCAAACACCUUUCGCGUAUACGUCCCGCGACUACUUGCUCAGGUUCGUUCCUGGGCACCCACCACCAUCACAAUGGCCGCAAGAAAAUUGCAACAAGAAAUAGACAAGUGCUUCAAAAAGGUUGCUGAGGGUGUUGCUGAAUUUGAUGGUAUCUACGAGAAGAUCGAGCAAUCGAAUAACCCCGCCCAGAAGGAGAAGUUGGAAGACAAUCUCAAACGUGAGAUCAAGAAGCUACAACGAUUACGUGACCAGAUAAAGACAUGGGCCGCUAGCAAUGACAUCAAGGAUAAGGCUCCGUUGCUCGAGCAUCGGAAGCUGAUAGAGACGCAAAUGGAACGGUUUAAGGCCGUGGAAAAGGCUAUGAAGACGAAAGCCUAUUCAAAAGAGGGUCUCUCAGCAGCUGCUAAGCUAGAUCCGAAGGAACAAGCUAAAGUAGAGGCAGGCGAAUUCCUAAGCAGCAUGGUGGACGAACUUGAACAGCAGAUCGAGGCACUCGAGGCUGAGGGGGAAGCAAUACAGGCUACAAUGAAGAAGGGCAAAAACCAUGCAUCCAAAGCUGACCGUAUGGCAACCAUCGAGCGCAUAAUCGAAAGACAUAAAUGGCAUCAAGGGAAGCUCGAGUUGAUUCGCCGCUCGCUAGAUAACGGAGGUGUCGAAACCGAUCAGGUGAACGAUCUGGAAGAGAGCAUACGUUAUUACGUGACAGAUGGUAUGACUGAUGACUAUAUCGAAGACGAAGGACUCUACGACGAGCUCAAUCUCCAAGAAGAAGAGGAUGUCUAUGGCAUGGGUCAAGAAAACGAUAGAGUCUCGUCGCAGGAUACACAGUCUAUACAAGAAGACACUUUGGAGGCCGAUUCACGUUCCGGAAGCUUACCUGGAAAAUCGCGAAGUGGUGUAGAAGCCGCCGCUGCCGCUGGACGACGGCCAUCUACACAGCUCAAGUCCCCUCUUCCGACUCUAGCCACAUUACAUAACCCGCUCACGAAUGUUACGAAUGGCAGUUCUACCAAUUCUGGCAUGAAGCCAGCAUCCUUGCCACAACGGCCAGCUAUAGAAGGCUUGAAGUACGCGUCGGCAGCUGCAGCAGCAGCAGCAAGCGACAAGAACAAUGUUGGUAUCGCACCACUUCCUCCACCGCCAGGAUCACAACCAGUAUCAGGGACACCAGGCAUAUCACCGUUACCACCUGCUGCGCCAUCGAGAACGAGCGCGGCAAGCUCGCCAAAUACGGCGUUUUUACAACCGGCCCCUUCAGAGCAGCAGAGAAUAGGGAAUUUGUUGCUUCCUACCAACGUACCGGAACCCAAGGUAUCCGACUCCACGUCGAAGAAGUCGGAGAAGACAUCUGCUAAGACUGCAGGCAAGGCGCCUGCCACAGUGGACCACACAGAGCCAGCGAAAGCAGCUCAAACAAACGGGGUUGCAAAUGGUAUUAAGCCUAUUGAGGAGAAGGAGGAAGAGUCCAUAUACCAUCUUCCUGCUUCCCUGCAGGAUCUGGUAGAGUCUUUCGAGGUAACGAAGAAGCGCUCGCUGCCAGUGAACAGCCCGUCUCAUCUCCGUAUGAUGGCGGCUUCUCAUGCCAACCUAAACAUACACGAUGCUGUCGAUUCAGAGCCGACCCGAACGUACAAACCGGAUACUCGGUAUCCGUCGGCAUCGGGGUACCCACAAGAACCCUUACCUAUAUUUGAGGACCCGCGGCUUUACUCCCGCAUUGAACCAGACACCCUCUUCUAUGUAUUUUACUACAAGCAGGGCACAUACCAGCAAUAUCUGGCGGCAAAGGCACUAAAGGACCAAAGCUGGAGAUUCCACAAGCAGUACCAAACUUGGUUCCAGCGUCAUGAGGAGCCUAAGAGCAUAACAGAGGAGUUUGAGCAAGGAACGUACCGUUUCUUCGAUUAUGAAUCCACUUGGAUGAACCGAAGAAAGGCUGACUUCAAGUUCGCGUACCGAUUUCUCGAGGACGAUGUAUGAAGAUGUUUAACCUACCUACUUACCUAGCUAUGGGUAGGUAGGCAGAUACGCGUCAUGGUUAAUAAUGAAUGGGAAUCCCUUGCCUGUUAGGGCUCGUUGUAUGCAAUAUAAUCACGCUGCUCGUCUGGGGAGUCGUCGCAAACGGUCUACCCAUGUCACAAUAUUUGUAACCGAAUACAGAAAGAGAUCGCGCUGGUCUUAUUCCAAUCACUCUGUUUUUGUUUCCAAGUUUGCAAUGCCGUUCUCGCCCCGGUUACAAAGUAACCCCCAUAUCACGAACUAAUGAUUUGCCAAUGAAUGCAACGCCUGUAAUAAAACUGAUGAAUGUACCUACCUACCUAGUAGGUUCUCUUAAUGAUAAUUACCUUGUACCUAGUUCUCAACGCAAUCUUCUCACCGCCCCUAGCACUUUCAGCUCAAGUUAUAUCGGUCAUGUGCCGAGCCAUACUCGGCCAAUGAAAGUGAAUCGAGACUCUGGG